AUGAUUGUCGCUCACGCUCUAAAAACUUAUUUUGGUUCAGGAGAUAUACAAAAAUCAUUGGGUUCUCUUCCAGGAUUUCCAUGGGCAAAAUAUCCCGGAGAAAAACAUCUUCCCGGCCAUAAUUACACUGGUUCAGGUACUAGACUAGAUCUACGAUUAGACGAAAACGAUAAACCCAAACCCGGUGAAAAACCAGUCAAUAGAGUUGACGCCGCUGCGCUUAAACACAACAUACUAUACAGAAACAAAGACAUAAACUUCAGACACGAAGCCGACAGACAAAUGAUAAUCAAACUUGAAUAUAUUCCAAAUCCAACUUUCAAAGAGAGAAUGCAAAGGGCUCUAAUCGUAAAACUGUUAAAAGCAAAGAUGAAAUUGGGCAUGGGAUUAGCGGAUGAAAUUCAUAAAGAAUUUAGAAAAACUAAAAACUUUUUAAAAGUUAAAACUCUGGAAAAUGAUAAUGACGCUGUUCACAAGAAAUAUUUAUGGGAUCAAAUAAAUUCAAUUGAAGUAAAUAAAAACCAUUUAGAAGAUAAAAUAAGCAAUGUUAAAAGAUUCUUCAAAUGUCAACUAAAUAAUAAAAAUUUUAUUAAUGAAACUAAACUACAACAAGAGGUAGCAGGUUUAAUAAGUUUUAUUCAAAAACAAUUAGUCAACGUAGUGAACAAAACUGAGUUACAAAAUUUAAUUUCAUUAAUAUCAAAAUUAGAUGAUAAGAUUGCAAAACAAAAAUUAGACAUUCAACAAUUCAUAGAUAACAUUCCAGGUGAAAAUGAAGAUACGUUUCAACAGGAAUUAAAUGCUCUGGAAACUAAACUUAAUAGUGAAUUACAAAAAGAACUAAGAAAUAUUAAACAACAAAUACAAAUUAUAGAUGAUAGCGAAAUCAAAACCAAUAUUCAACAGCAAAUACAAAAUAUUGAUGAUAGCGAAAUCAAAACCUAUAUUCAACAACAAAUACAGAACAUUGAUGAUAGUGUUAUUCUACAACAGAUAACCACUAUUAAUAACGUAGUUUUAAACAAAAAUAUACUCGCAUUAGAAAAGUAUCUCAAGAAAGAAAAUAAAUCAUAUUAUUUCAAUCUUCCAUUUGUAAAUUUGAGUUAUAGACAUAGCGAUGCUUCUAUUACUGAUAAUAUUGAUAAAUCAAAAGAUUAUGAAUUGAAAAAAUAUAGAUUUACAGCAAAUAUAAGAGUAUAUUCUCCAGAUUUAACCUCCCCCUAUGAAAUAUUUGAUUCUCAAUUUUUUUUCCGAGGAAAAAUUGUAAUUGAAAUUAUUUUUCUUAUGCAGGUAAAAGUUGAAUCAAUAUUCUUCAUAUAA